AUGAGAAGCUCACGUGUGAAGGCCAUGGAACUGAUCGAUGAGCUGGAAGUGAAUAGACGUGGGCCAUACGGUGGCGGGUUAGGAGGUAUCUCAUUCACUGGUGACAUGGACAUUGCCUUGGCCUUAAGAACAAUUGUGUUCCCUACAGCAGCACGUUACAACGCGAUGUACAAGUACCAAGAUGCGGACAAGCGUCGUGAUUGGGUGGCCCCCCUUCAAGCUGGGGCAGGUAUAGUGGCAGAUAGUGAUCCUGCUGAUGAACACAGAGAAUGUGAGAACAAAGCUGCAGCACUUGCACGCGCUAUUGAUCUUGCUGAGUCAUCGUUUGUCGACAAAUGAGGUCUCGAAUCAACUGCCCUUAAGCACAUGAAAAUAAGUAGAUUUCAUGGUGGUCGUUGACUAU